AUGGCUAAAGGAAAUGUAAAUACUUACAUUGUAGGUGCAGCCAGUCGCUUUCCAAACAUCCCUCAGACACAUGUAGGGAGGGCAGUUGAAAAGAGACCUGACAUCUGUGAAUCAGUGCUACAAACACUGUAUGUGAUAACACAGAAAACAAAAGGCACAAAGGACUGGCACGUCAACUUUUUAGAGAACUUAUGCAGAACAAUUGCCACUUUUGUAAAUGAGCAACACUCCACUAACAUCAGGAUUUACACAUACGCUAUAUUUGGAAACCUGCUGUCAGUUGAACAGACAGCAAAUAUUUUUAAAUCAGUGGGCAUAACUUCAGUGCCCGAGGACAUACUGACAUCUGUAGAAAUGGAAAUAAAUGAAAAACUGAAAGAGGUGCUGAGAAGUCUGAAAGAAUAUCUGAGUAAACCAAACUCAGAAUGUGAGGGAAACACAGCCUCAACUUUAGGGAGGAAGAAGAAAAAGAAGAAGGAAAAGAAGGAAAAGACAGAAGACCCAAAUGCUGAAGUUUCCACUGCAGCAACUGAUCAAACAACAAAAGUUUCUGUUGUAGAAUCAACUUCAAAUCUAAAGCCUUUUGACUACAGCACCAAUGGAAAAUCAGAAAAACAAAAAUGGCUUUCAAUCAGCAACAGGUGGAGGAGAAAACUGGAGAAACUUGUUGGCACAGAUGACAGUAAAAUAUCCAGAAUCAGAAGCAUUAUUUAUGUGAAUAAUACAGAAUUCAGAAUUGCGAAGGGAAGCGAUGGUACUGAAGUCUUCUUGGGGCUGAGAAAGGACGGCACAGAAGUUGCCAUUAAGAGAAUGUCUAAAAGCAACUAUGACGUGCUGAAGAACGAAGAAGUAAUUCUACAACAUCCAGAACUCGAUCAUCCUUAUAUCGUACGAUAUGUUGAUGCUGCAGAGGAUGAGAACUUUGGAUAUCUUUGUCUGCAACUUUGUGAAUACACCUUGGAAGAAUAUAUCAAGAAUGAUGACCAUGACCCACUGAUGUUAAAGAAACUUGUCAAACAAGUUCUUGAAAGUCUAAAGGUGCUUCACUGUGGAAAUCCUAAAAUUCUUCACCGAGAUCUCAAACCCCAGAAUGUUCUGAUUGAUGUUACUGGGAGGGCAAGAUUAGCUGAUUUUGGCAUAAGCAGACGCUUACUCAAAGACCAAACAACUUUACUUACACGCAGUGCAGGAACCAAAUGCUGGAUGGCCCGAGAGACUUUAGCAGAAGAAUCUGUGAUAUCAUACAAGUCAAGCACUGACAUCCAGGUGGCAGGCAUGCUGGUUUAUUAUAUCCUCUCUGGAGGCCACCAUCCAUUUGGCAAAUCCUUUGAAUGUGAGUUCAACAUUCACAAAGGGAAGUACAGUUUGGAUCACGUUCAAGAUGUGGUGGCAAAGGAUCUCAUCGAGUGGAUGAUCAACAAAGAGCCAAAGUACAGACCCAAAGUAGAAGAAUGCUUAAACCAUCCCUUCUUCUGGACUUCUGAAAAGUGAGGGAAUUAAAAUGUUCUGCUAAUGCUAAAUCCUUUUAUUACAUACUUCCUUCCUUGACCUUGUGACUGCCAACACACUUUCAACGGUUUCAGUCUGACAGGAAUGCUUGGCUAUUAGCUCUGUGAGUACUGGAAGAUCACAGCCCAACACCACUUGAUAAGGCAAGGUUUGCAGCACUCCCACUGAAAGAGUGUAACACUGGCCUUCUACUUCAAUUGCAACCUCAGCAACUGGGUACGAUACCUUAUCACCAUGAAUACAGCACAUAUCCACUGUUGCUCCUGAAAAGAUCACAUCC